CCAGCUGGGGUGAAGGCACAGGUACUGACCCCAAGGGUGCGCUAGCCUGAGGGCGUUAGGGGAGUAAAGGUGUACGGUGAUCCUACUGAGGGUGCUCCAUUUCCUUAGGUGUUCCCCUCCCUUCUUUCCUUUAGGUCACAUUUCACUAGUAGUCAUGGUGGUGGCCUUGUUCCUUUGCUUCACGAUAGGUGUUUCGGGAAAAGGGGUAUAGGAUCUAGGUAUUGGCAGUGGUUCCCCUUUCGGGGCGCAUCUAUCUCGGUUCCCUGGAAGAAGGUGGAUCAACAGAGUCCAAAGUACCAGACGAGGCGGGGCUCGGUCCCCAGGAAAGGGGAAAGAAAGGAACCACGCCAAAGCACACUGGGCCUACCGCCAGUGGUCUCUAAGGGCAUCAUAGAAGACGAGCCCAAAAGCCGAGGGUUCCCAGACCCUCACCGGAGUUUGACCAGGACCCUGGGUGUUCGUCAUCUAGAGGCAACGCCAGGGACAGGAAAGACUCCAGUGGGGCCAGCCGCAAAUAGACUCAGAGGCCUGUAUCUAAGGUUGGCACAUGGUUGGGGUUUAGGGAAGGCUGGAGCCCCGUGAACUCCUGCUGAGACGCAUGACAGCCCGGGAGGCACUCUCAAGGGGGACCCCCUCCACUGAUGAACCAUUCAAAGUCAUGGCAGGCGAGUUAGGGGGUCACCCUGAAGACAGCCAAGGUGCCCUCUGCGGCCCGAAUGCGAGUCCCUGGCAGGCAAGAUUAACUGCCCGAGUGAAGGCGGCACGGGAACACACGAUAGAGCGGAGGCGGGCACAAAGUGGUGCAUUGGCCGGGAACAUAGAGAACCCCAACUUGGCAGCCUGUGCCAAUAAGCAACCAGCUUAUGGCCCCUGCAAAUAUCCUCGGACAGGACCUGCAGGUCCUCACCCAGAUCCUAGUCUCGCAGCAACAGAUGAUGGACCGCCAGCAGGACUGGCUCAGGCACAGCCUGGCAUCUUUCAAAAUGCUCAAGAUGACCAGGGACGACGACCCGAAGGCUUACAUCGAGGCAUUUGAACACCACGCCCUCAUGACUGGACUCGACAAAGGGUAUUGGGCCAGCCAACUGGGAGCGCUGGUAGUAGGCAAGGCCCAGGCUGCCUACCGGGCCCUUGCGAGAGAUGACACUAGAGACUACGAACGUGUGAAGGCGGCCAUGCUAUACAGAUUGGAGAUCGACCCAGAACAUUAUCGCCAGCUGUUCCAAGCAAAGAAAGGGCCCGAUGAGAGGCGGCUGAGAGUGCUAUUACAACUGCUGCUGAAUCUCCUGGACAAAUGGGUAAGCCCAGUGGGGCACAAUAGAGAGGCCCUGGCAGACCAAAUCCUCCUCAAGCAGUUUCAAAACGACCUAGAGGAACGGACGCAGCGCUGGGUGCGCCAGCACUCCCCAUGUACCUGUAAGGUGGCCCUGAAGUUGGCAGAGACCUUCGCUGCCUCAGAGGUCAGCUACCCCCAGGAGAGGAGGAACCCGGGGCCCCUUGCGGUAGCACUGAAAGAGCCCGAAUGUAGGCCCAACCGAGAGGCAACGAAGGACACCGUAUGCUUUCAGUGUGGGCGGAACGGCCAUUUUUCAAGGGAAUACCCUAGUCAGCCCACUGAGCGUUGGCUCCCCGCUGACAGGCUGAGGGUACAGAUGGAGAGACGGAGAGACCCCGAGUCCAGUGACCCAAUGGACUGUAGCUACGCGGUUGGAGAGGAGGGUGCGAUCUGGAGCUGCCCUGUCAUCAAAGCCUGGGUAGAGGGACGCCCCAUACAAGCUACUCUGGACUCGGGUUGCGCCCAGUCUUUGGUGAGGGCUGACUUGGUGCAGCCGCAGGGCAGGCGGAAGGCCAUCCCAGCGAAAGUGGCCUGCCUCCACGGGGAAGCUAAGCAGAUUGAGCGGCAAUGGAUACACCUUCGUGUGAUGGAGCACCAAGGAGAACUUCUGGUAGGGAUAGUGCCCCACCUGGUGUGCGAAAUGCUACUGGGCUGGGACUGAGCACUGCUGUACAACGUCCUGGAUAGGAUACGGGACGCAGAAGUGGCAUGCAGGAAGAUCCGGAACCGCAAGGGGUGGUUAGGUGAAGUAGCGGAAAACAAAGAAUCAGCGGACGAGGCAGAAGACUUAGACCUUGACAAUUUUGCCAGCAGCCUGCAGUUCCGGGAAGCACAAGAGGAAGACCUGGAAUUCAAGAUGCUUCGGGAGCAGAUCCGCAACACCAGGGACGUCCCAGUCCCGCUGCCUGACGAGGCUCCACGCUUUGAGAAAUCUCUGGUGGAAAAAGCUGAGGAUCAAAUGAAGCCUAAAAAACAUUCUUCAAGAGAUUCCCCACCCUGCUGUGGUGGAGAGCCGACCCAAAAAGGAUUGUUUGGAAAUCCCAGCUCUCUCUCAGCCCUGUAUUUGGUGCCAUUCACAUAGUACACAAGCCUGCGGGGCUGUUAGCUGGCUGACAUGCAAAAACCAAGCUUUGGGAUGGGCAACAUCCUGCCCAGACUUAUUCAGGAAAGUCCCCUGGUCAGGGAGGUGUGUGGUUUGGAGUAACCCAGAAGGGAUUUUGGACUGGGAUUACAAGGCAAAACAAGAUCCUUAUUCAAUGCAAUGUAUUUAGGAUGAAGGCCUUGAGGGGCGGGCGUCAAGUGUCAGGCUAGCAUGCAAAAACCAAGCAUUGGGUCAAGCCCAGGCUUCUUUAGAAUCCCCUGAUGGUGGAAAGCUAUGUUUUGGAGCAAUUCAAAAAGGAUUUUGCCCCAUAACCCCAGCUCAAAAUUAGCUCCUUAUUCAUAGGAACAUACAUAGCGCACAGGUCCAGGGGGGCUGUCAGUUGGCAGGCUGGCACAUGAAAACCAGGCUUUAGGUCAGGCACUACCCUGCUCAGACCCAUUCACAAGUGUCCCCCAGAGCUGGAGAUGCAUUUCAGGGUGACCCAAAAUAGAUUUUCACCCACAAUCCCACCCCAAAUACAGCUCCUUAUUCAAUGUACAUAGCAAUGUACACAGGUCUGGGGACCUGUCAGUAGGCAAGCUGGCAUGCAAAAACCAGGAUUUAGGUCAGGCACUGCCCUACCCAGACUUCCUCACAAGAGUCUCCCAGUGGCAGUGAUGAGCAUUUUGGGGUGACCCAAGAAGCAAUUUACCCUGUAAUCUCUGUCCAAACACAAGCCUGGGGCCUGCCAGUAGGCCAGGCCAAGUGCCAGUAGGCCAGUGUGCAAGCCUAGGGCCUGCCAGUAGGCUGGCUGGUAUUCAAAAACCUAUCUUGGGGUCAGGCAGUGCCAUGCCAGGCUUCCUCAGGAGUCUCCCAGUGCAGAGGAUUGUGGCUUGGGGUGACCCAUAAAGGAUUUCUACCCAUAAUCCCAAGAACAAAGUCAAAUGGGGUCCAAAACCAAACCGAUGAAGAAAAGUGGAUACCAUUACUGCUUUCCAUGCUGCUCUUAUCUUGGUGACUUCAGCACCCAGGAUUUUAAGUGACACUUCACAGAAGUACAAAAAACGUAACACUUUGUACACUGGAGUUUUCAA